AUGAAGCUUCUCUUUAAUUUGCUGACAGUGAUCUUGUUUUUUCUUCACAAUGGUGUGUCAGGUGUUGAGGCAGAUGAAGUGUCAGUGAUGGAGGGAGAUUCAGUCACUCUACACACUAAUGUUACAACCGCACAAGAAGAAGAGAUUAUGUGGUAUUUCAAUAAAACUCAAAUUGCUGAAAUCACUGGAGAUCAGAGUAAGAUCUGUACAGAUGAACAGUGUAAAGAGAGAUUCAGAGACAGACUGAAGGUGGAUCAUCAGACUGGAUCUCUGACCAUCACAAACAUCACAAUCACAGACUCUGGAGAAUAUGAUCUACAGAUCAGAAGCAGCGACAAUGAAAAAACAUUCAAUGUUACUGUCGAUGGUGUUUCUGCAGCUGAACGAGAUAAGAUGAAUAAAAAGAUGAAGGAGGGCGAAUCUGUCACUUUACAUCCUGGUAAAAGAAAAAACCCAAAUGAUCUGAUGAGAUGGUAUUUUAAUGACACUCUCAUUGCUGAAAUCACUGGAGAUCAGAGUAAGAUCUGUACAGAUGAUCAGUGUAGAGAGAGAUUCAGAGACAGACUAAAGCUGGAUCAUCAGACUGGUGAUCUCACCAUCACAAACACCAGAACCACAGACUCUGGAGAAUAUGAACUACAGAAUAGCAACAGCAGAUUCAGUAUCAUUAGGACCUUCAGUGUUGCCGUUAUUGAUUCAGGUCUGUCUUCAGCUGCUGUAGCAGGAAUAGUUGUUGUUGUUGUUCUGCUGGUGGCUGCUGUAGCUGCUGGUGUGGUUUACUGUCCCCGCAGGAGCCAUAAUAAAAAGACAGCAAAGACAUGCAUGCUCACUCACACGUGGACCAAAAUGUUGAUCGAGGAACUUUUGAUAACGGGGCUUUAUAUCAUCUGGUUGACCAUAAGCAGUGAAAGAAGCAGCCAAGAGCAGCAGCAGAAUCACAGCAGACUGAUGAAUCUCCAUGACCUGGUGAACCACACU